ACCACAUCGUCCAUUGUCAACUCUCAGGCUGCUGUCGUCUACGUGGACAUCCUCUCUCGGCACUUUAAAAACCUCGAAUCGAAUGUCCGCUGGAUAACUUGCAGCGUAGCAUUUCUUAUCGGAGCUCUCAUGACGUGCUACAGCUGCGUCAUUGCCUACAUGGGAUCUGUAACAACGCUCCUCAUCAUGGCAUACGGAGUUGCCACCGGACCCUUCGUGGGACUUUUUAUUCUGGCCAUAGUUUUUCCUUUCGUGCAUUCAAAAGGAGCAGGAAUAUCGACCCUGCUCAUGCUAGCUGCUGAAGUUUUUGCACUGUGGAGGUAUAUUGACAGUGGCAUCAAGCCGCCACACAUGCCCGUAUCACUUCACUACUGUCCGGACAACACCACCUUCACGUCUUACGGCACAAACCUCACGGUCGCCUUUUCUUCGAACAGGUCACAGAGAAAUGCAGCGUCCACUGCAUUAUCACCAUUAUGGAGCUCUCUCCUAGGCACACUGGGAACAGUUCUGCUCGGCAUACUCAUAAGUGUAAUCACAGGUGAGCACAGACAACGUCAUGCAGACGUAACCCACCUGAACAGGUGGUGUGUUCAAUUCUGGCGUAGCGUAGGAGUUAUGGAACCCGAUGAAAGCUUCUCCAAAAUGAACACAGAAGAUAGGAAAGGCGAACCACAAAUAAUGAAGACACUCUUACCUUUCCAAAGAGAAGACAAGCAGGAAUCGACGGUCUGAAGAGACAGAGCCAAAUUAUUUGUUUUCACACCAAAUCACCUCACUGCGCAUUCAUAGAUACUACGUCAUGUGCACGAUAGUUUAGUUGUAACGAAAUCCUCAAUAGAUCAAAAAUUGUGUAUAUUAGUAUCAGGAUUCUCGUUUUGGUUCGCGGCACCUGGAUUCAGUGCUCCAGCAAGGAGCGAUUCAGUGGCUUCAAGAGGUGCGCAGCAUACCACA